AUGCAGGAAGGCUCUUGGAACGGCACGGAUGAGUGCACCAACCUCUUGACUGGAGCGACAGCAGAGACAAAAUCGACAUGGGAUAAUUCAACAUCAACAAGACGCGAAAGUGCCAAGAAGAAUAUCCUUGUGGCAUGUUUCUUACUUGCUAUUGCGGUAUCUUGUUUCCUCGUCUCCUCAUCCCCUACUACAAUCUACCCCUUGGAAAAAAUCUUGUCGUCGUCACAACGUCAUGCUUCUCCUUGUGGAACCCUCUCCAAUGCCGUCUUUGCCGAUAUGCACGAUGGCGAUCAAAAGAUUGUCUCCAUAGUAUCAUCCAACCAAAAUGUAUUACAAAUUCAUUCGGCUUCCGAGGACGAAUCCUGGACUGUCACGGCACCCUUGGAUCCAAACACGUGUACGGCCAUGGUCGACUUUGAUGUACCGGGAAAACCUUCCCCGCCACCCGUGCCAUUGUUGGUCACCCUUUGGACCAUGGAACGUCGAUCAACUGGCAUCCACCAAAAGCAAAAACUCACUUUGGAGUUUACCGAUCCAUCCCAAACCAUUGCCCCCUCCAAAGAUACACCACUCAAUCAUUGGGUGCAAGUUGGGUAA